AUGGCGUCAAAUCAACGUGCUGGUGCUGCUGGAUGGCCCAAAUACAACCGAAAUGACCGGCUAGAUAGCAGCACAAGUUCGAUCUCUGUACCCGUGAAGAAUGAUAACUACGUACCGAGGGAAAGAACUGCAGUUCUAUACCCACUGACUAACUACACAUUCGGCACAAAGGAACCUCUGUAUGAGAAAGAUGCUUCAGUAUCUGCCAGAUUUCAACGCAUGAGAGAUGACUUCGAUAAGAUUGGUACCCGGCGGUCAGUAGAGGGCGUACUCAUCGUUCAUGAACAUGGCUUGCCACAUGUUCUACUCCUGCAGCUUGGUACAACGUUCUUCAAAUUACCAGGAGGGGAGCUUGCCUCUGGGGAAGAUGAAGUUGAUGGACUAAAGAGACUUAUGACAGAGAUUUUAGGAAGACAAGAUGGUAUUCAGCAGGACUGGAUGGUUGAAGAUGUGAUUGCCAACUGGUACCGUCCAAACUUUGAACCUCCCCAGUAUCCAUAUAUCCCUGCACACAUCACCAAACCAAAGGAACAUAAAAGACUCUAUUUUGUACAGCUUCAAGAAAAAGCCCUGUUUGCCGUUCCAAGAAAUUACAAGCUGGUAGCUGCCCCAUUGUUUGAACUCUACGAUAAUGCACCAGGCUAUGGACCGAUCAUAUCCAGUUUACCGCAGUUAUUAAGCAGAUUUAACUUCAACUACCACUGAGAACACAGCAGAAGAAAGCUUUGACCGUGGCAGAAUCUAGAACUGUUCAUUAGAAAUACAAUGGGAGCUUGCAGCUCAAGACUCAGCCGUCGAUUUCACAAAACUCUUCCUAACUUAAGACUAUUCUUAGGACUUAGGACGAGUCCCAAGCCUGCA